CUUGCCUGUAAAUCAAAGAAAUACUGUGAUUCAAGCAAUGGCAUCAAUGAAAUCCUGCUUAACGGAAGAGGAGUUCAACAACACAUCAGCUAGAAAGUGCGAAGAGCUCAAUACAUGUCUGGGUAGUUCACAUGUAUCCACCUACCUCAAGAAUCAGUGGAUUUGUUUGGGAGAAUUGUGGUCCAAUUUUGGCCGGUCAUUCUAUCAUCAUAACAGUGAAACCAACAACAAGGCCGAGAGGUUUUUCCUCACAAUGAAGUACCAGUUUCUGAAGGGAAAGAUGAAUAGCAGGAUUGAUCAUCUUCUUUGCUUACUAUGUGGUGAUGUCCAGAAAUAUUACAGUUACUUGGAUGACCUGGCAGAAACUGGACGAAUCAAAGGACCAAACAGUGAGGAGACCAUUAAUGCUGCUCAGUCAAUGAUUGCGAAAGGCCUGGACGCAAAAACAGAUGUGUCUGAAAAUGGAGUGUGUUUGGUUCCACCUGAUACAAGCACACAGUCUCACACAGUUGACUUGGUGAUGCACACAUGCAACUGCAAAAGAUUCCAAUGUGGAUCUAUGUGCAAACACUUAAUUUUCUCACAGACAAUUGCAGAGAAACAUGGACUUGUGAUUCAAAACCUUAGGACAGAUGCUGCAAGAAAGCUUGUUGAUAGUCAAUCCUACUUCGCAGAUAAUGAAACCCUUACAGUCUGUCACUUUGAUGGGAGUGUAGGAAUUGCCAUGGGUUGCCUGGCCAAAUGUCUCCCAGUUCCUCCUUAA